GUCUAGACUGCAUAAACAACAGUACCCUUGGUGUCAUUUUUACACCAGUGUGCAUUCUCAGAUUUUAAAUCUUAAGUAUAGUAAUUAUCUCUAUAAUAAUAGCCGUAUUCAGUCUGUCUGUCUCUGCGCGGACCCCCCGCUGAGUUAGAAAAUGAUGUUACGGAAACACGAAUAUCAAAUGCGAUAUAUUUUUAUCCACUUUGUUACCACGGGUAAAUUGAAAGGACGGGAGCCCGUGGAUUUUUCCGCAAAAAGUUAGGAAUAGUCAUUUUGAAAGCAAAAAACUAUUCUUUUAAAAAAAGUGCAUUUAGUCUUAAAUAAGUUUUUUUUUGCAAAAAUUGUUUGGUGUAGUAAACUACAGAUGGUCUUUUUGUUAUCUCACUGUAAAUUGGAUUAUAGUUUGUAUUGCUUUGUAAAGCAGAAUAAACACAAAUGCAACAUUUAUAAAUUCGAAAUUAUGAACUAGGUUGUUUGUAUCGAAAUGUCAAAAGAAACUCUAACCAAUUCUGUCGGUUAAUAUUAUAUAUUGACCAUAUCGACUUAUAUCGUUUUAAACAGCUGAUCUGGAGCGUAGGAUAUAGUAAAAUUGAUCUUUAAAGACUUCAAAAAUUUUUUUUUUUUUGAGAUUUCACUUUGUUAUAGCGCGGGCAAUAAAUAGUUAACCAGGGUAAGAAGGAUGCAUUUUGGUACGUGGCCGUUUGACAUUAGCACUCAAUAAUAUAAAAGAAUUUCAUUCUUGGGAUUUUAAUGAAAAGCGAGAUUGCUAAAAAAUCUUAUCGGAAUUUACUAAUAAAAAUACUGAAAAUAAAAUUUUCGUUUUUAUUUCAGAUUACUAAUUGACAAUAAUACAGACUAGUCAUGCUAAGACUUUAGCCUGGAUGUCAGCAAGAAUAUGUGGACUCAGUAUAUGAUCAUGAUUCUACCGAUAUUUAUGGCGCAAACCCGUUUGGUGGACAAUGACGCCCGGAACAACAAAAAAACGAUGGCUCUCCACCUUCGACGUUUAAAUAACACAUUUUUAAGACGCAUAAACCAUAGUCCUACUUUUAAAAAAGAACUACCAGCAACGAUAAGUAAAAACAUGAAAAAGGACAUUACCAACCGAAGAAGGGUCACCUAUGAUCAUUUUAUUAAAGAAAAGCCAAAUAAUGCCUCUACGGAAAAGCGCGCAAGAAAUAAACAGGUGUACAUGAAAAGACUUAUGAUAACUGGUUUUAUAUUUGUCACGUGCUCAUGUUUUGGAAUGAUUUGGAUGAUCGUGUCACAUUUCAAAACAAAAGAAGUUUUAAAGAAACAAGAACGUACUGUAGAUAUGCACUCGUUUAAAAGGACGACAAAACAUGUGGCGGCUAGAAAAUAUCGUUUCUCGGUUAUUGUUUUAGACAAUGGGAAAGUGGUUCACAGUAAAACAAAGAAAUAACCCUCAAAGCAUUAAUUCCCUUGUCUGGAAUUUCAAGUUUUUUUUAUGGAACGUUCGAUCUAUUUUGGUCCCUUACGCUAUUCUUACCAAAAAACCUUUGUGUUUUUUUUUAAAUUACAAUCAAAGCCGAACUUACUUUCACAGAAGUUAUGCACGGAAAACAAAAAAAUGCAGGGAUAUUGCAUCUAUUGUGACUUUUUAUUUUAGCUAUAGCCAACCUUCGGUUUAAGUUUGUCUCUGUUACCUAGUUAUUUUGCCUUCACUUAUAAAUGUAAGUGAGUGUCUAAGCGAGUCUAAGUAUGUCAAAUUAUCUAAUUGGUUCGUUACAUUUCUUUGACGCGUGGAGGAAAGGUUGGUCAUCGCAUAAGAAGAAGAUUUAUAAGAAAAAAAACGUGGAGAAGAAGCAACCAGCUUUGUAUAAAGAUAUUACAGUGUUAAUAACAGCAUCAAAUUUCUUCAUACUUCAAAAUGUUUUUGAGAAGUUUUAGAAAAUUUUUCUUACCAACGAGUGACGACGAAUUUAUCUUUGCCCUCACAAUCGAUGUCGAAACUGCUGAUGCAAGCACAAACGACACCAUAAAAUGGCGUUGAGAGCAGUGAAGACGGAUCAGAUAACUUUUCAUCAACUUGUUUCAGAUCGUACACGUCUUGUAUAGUAGCAGCUACAAAAAGAAACAAACAAGAAAUGGCAAAAUAAACAAUUAUUUUAAGUAUGCAGUACAUUUAUCUCCUGGACAGUCCGAACUACAAAGAAGAUUGGAAAAUAUUUCGACUUCGCAAAUGUUCGAGUCAACCGAUUAAGUCGAAUUUAGUCUAACAUGAGAUUAACAGCUCCAAUUUAAGCGAUUUUUACAAGAGGUGAAGCAACAGUUACCAAUGAAAAAUGGGUCGAGUUAACGAAUGUUUAUGUUCGAGGUUCGUGUUAACCGAAGUUUUUUAUAAAGAAGCAUUAACGAAAGUUUAAGGGGCUAAGAAAAUGAUUUAUAUAUAUACCAAACCUUUGAAACAAAGACGUAAUUGCUUCUUUGUCGCCAAAAAAACCCACAAAAAAAAACAAGUGAACUGCACGAAAACCACAUUAAAAUUUUUUCAUCACUAGUCGUAAACCACCAUAAAGUAGCGAAUUUCUUUGCAGGGGACUAACAGUCUUCGAAUGAUAUAAAAUCCGUGAAAACACAAUCACAAUGGUUCGCCCGUCCUUAAAAUAUCGCAUUUCGUGGGUCCGAGGCAGGGCUAUAAAAGCGAGGCAGACGACGGUUAUUGUCAUUUAAAUUUUUUGAUGUAUAUGAUGCUUCGAAAAAGUGGUGAAGUUAUUCUUUGAAUAAAGAAACGAAUAAGUGGGGGAGGAGGGGGUGUAAAAAUCAUUUCUUACUCAUAAAUUUGUUUUGUUAAUUUAGAGGAUAAUUUAGU